AUGGCGUCUCAUGUUAUCUACGCAAGCCCAUCUCUUUCUGGGAACCAGACAAUUACCUCUCCAAGUGGCAUUUUUGAGCUGGGUUUCUUCACACCAGAGUUUGAUCACCCAAUUGAUACUUGGCUUCCAGGAGGGAAGCUUGGACAUAAUAGGCUUAUGAAAGAAAAACUAAGUCUUACUCCAUGGAGAAACCCACAAAAUCCAGCACCUGGCCUCUUUCCUAUCUGGGCAACAUCUUAUCUUAUGAAAGGGAGUGGUGACAUGAGCUUGUAUCUUGAUGUGCUUUCAUCUAUUUCAAAUGGGAUAUAUAAAUAUAUCAUUGUUCUUUGUAGUUUGUAUCUUCAAGGCCAAGGAUUAGGAACUGGGAGUCGUAUCUUGGAGUCUUGUAGUUGUAGACUGUCAGUACCUAAGGAACCAUCUGGUGGCACGCACACAAUGACACUGGCUGGAGCCACAGUUCAUGGCGCAAUAUUUGUGUAUCCAAAACGUGGAGCUGGCUAUCCUUUUCCCAAGCCUCGUGAAGAAGUGCAAAUAAUAUUAGCAUCCCUGAAAAUUCUCCAGGAGGAUAAGGCAUUGGGUGAUAUAGUUGUGGAUGGUAUGGUUGGGGAUAAUACAAAUGAGAUGGCGGCUGAUAUAAAUAAGGAUGAUGCUAAUAAGUCGGAUACUGAUGUGAAGAUGGAGUCUGCUGGGAAGGUGACUGAUGCUGGGAGGGAGAACGAUGUUGGUUGGAUGAAUGCUGCUGAGAGGAUGAACAUUGCCACUGGGAGGGUGAUUGCUCUUGUGAGGAAGACUGUUGAUGUGUAG